CCUUAGUAGGAGAGGGCGCCCUUUUGGGUGCGUUAUAUACCGCCGGGAUCUGCGGGACAUCAUCAGACAGCUCCCUUCCGUCGGGUGGGUCUUUUGGAACGAUCUCGGCUCCGGCAACAUGAACGCUUUCCGUGUCUUAAACCUUCUGGCAGCUGUGGCAGCUGUGUACAGCACCGGCGACCCUGACCCGAUACUGACUACCAACGUGGGACUUGGGCAUGACUACAAUCCCGUUGGUAUCCAUAAGGUGCCCUUUGAUCAUGUCCAUCAUGGAUCAGCAGUACCUUUCGCUCACGCUGCCCCAGUGACCGUCACCCACCACGCUGCUGCUCCAGCAUUGGCUGUCAAACAUCACGGAUCUCCAGUAGUUGCGGUUUCUCAUCCUGUUGCUGUAUCUCAUCCAGUUGCUGUAUCUCAUCCUGUUGCUGUAUCUCACCCUGUUGCUGUAUCUCAUCCAGUUGCUGUAUCUCAUCAUGCUGUAGCUCCUGUUGUUGUGUCGCAUCACAAACACGUUCCUGCUGUAUCAAUUUCUCACGGCCCAGUGUCCCACAUCAAGCAUGGAGGCUACAGCGCUCCUGUCAAGUCCCAGUACCACUCCCAGGACGAGUUAGGUCAAUAUGCCUUUGGGUACAACGAUGGGAAAUCCACCCGCGACGAGUCCAGAGAUGCCUACGGGAACGUUCGCGGGUCAUUCAGUUACAUAGAUCCAUAUGGAAAGCUCCAGGUUCAGAAGUACGUGGCUGACAAGCUUGGCUUCCGCGUUGAAGGUACCAACUUGCCUGUACAUGUCACAGAUGGCUCUCACUAUCGCCACAAGCGCUCUUACGCCACCUUCCCUGCCUCCACUGGACCCCUGACUACUAUCGAUCACGUUGGUCCCAUAGUACAUAGCCACCACGCUCCUGUUGUACACAAGGUGUCCCAUGUUGUGCACAAGCCUGUUCAUGUUGUCCACAAGGUUGCCCCAGUUGUCCACAAGGUUGUGCCGGUUGUUCAUAAGGUUGCCCCAGUCGUCCAUAAGGUUGCUCCAGUUAUUCAUAAGGUAGCUCCAGUUGUCCACAACGUUGCACCAGUCUAUGGAGGUGCUCACGUAGCACCUGUGUAUGGAGGUGCUCACGUAGCACCAUUUCUCCAUGGAGGAGCUGCUCCAUUAGCUUAUGGUCAUGAUGAUAUAUUGCCCUAUGGAUUCCCAUUUCACGACAGCGCAUAUGGGAACUACUGACAACCUAUCACCCACAACCAUCAUCUCUCAGAAUAAACUGAUUCCAAUUCUCGGAUGACCAGAGCCAGAUUUUUUUUUUAUAAAGACGAAAAUGUAAAUGAAAAGGUAGAACUGUAACUAGAAAAAUAUAGUCUUAUUUUCUGUA